GACUCACGGCAGACGAGAUGGAUGAGCAAAGGAGACAGAACGUCGCCUAUCAGUAUCUGUGUCACUUGGAGGAGGCAAAGCGGUGGAUGGAGGCUUGUCUGAACGAGGAGCUGGCCUCCCCGACGGAGCUGGAGGAGAGCUUACGCAACGGAGUCACCCUGGCCAAGCUGGGACACUCUUUUGCCCCAGACAUCGUCCCUCUGAAGAAGAUCUACGACCAUGAGGAGAUGCGCUACAAGGCCAACGGACUUCACUUCCGGCACACAGACAACAUCAACUACUGGCGUGAUGCCAUGAUCCACGUGGGGCUUCCUUCGAUCUUCCACCCCGAGACCACGGACAUCUACGACAAGAAAAACAUGCCCCGCGUGGUUUAUUGCAUCCAUGCUCUGAGUUUGUACCUGUUCAAGCUGGGGCUGGCGCCGCAGAUCCAGGACUUGUAUGGGAAGGUGGACUUCACUGAGGCAGAGAUCACCCACAUGCGCCGGGAGCUGGACAAGUACGGCCUGCAGCUGCCGGCGUUCAGCAAGAUCGGGGGAAUUUUGGCCAACGAACUGUCAGGAGACGAGGCAGCAGUCCACGCCGCCGUGCUGGCCAUCAACGAGGCCGUGGAGAGAGGCGUGGUGGAACAGACCCUGGCUGCCCUGCACAACCCCAGCGCCCUGUUGCUCAGUCUGAGGGAUGACCUUGCUGCUGUCUAUCAGGAGAUGCUCUACCAGGCCAAGGCGGAGAAGGCAGGCAAUGCCCAGAACAGGUACCCGCAGAAGAUCCCGGAGGCUGAGGACAUCUAUGACAGGUGUCUGACCCAGGCCGAGAUCCAAGGGAGCAUCAACAAAGUCAACGUGCAUGGAGCCUUGGAGUAUGUGGAUGAUGCCUUGGAGAGACAGGACUCCCAGGCUUUGUACCAGGCUCUGCGGGACCCCGUCCUGGCCCUCCGCCUCGUGCAGCGAGAGAACAGCGACUGGUACCUGGAUCAGUUGAGCACUGACCGGGAGCAGAAAGCCCUGGAGCUGGGCUUCGUGGAUCCACUGGAGCAGGAGGAGGUGCAGGCAGGCGUCGACGCGGCCAACGAGAGGGGAGAGCAGGAACGUGCCAUGGCGCAGGCUGUGAGCCACAUAAAUGCCGUGCUGCGCCGAGGGCAGCCAGAGGAGACGGUGGAGGCUCUUGCCAGCCCCGCAGCUCAGCUGCCCGAGGUGCAUGCUUUCGCCGCCCUGCUGUACCAGCACGAGCUGGGCCUGCUCCAGCGCCAGCACCCACAGGGAGAGCUGGCACAGGAGGAGCUCUUCGUGGCUGUGGAGAUGCUGUCGGCCGUGGCUCUGGUGAACCAGGCACUGGAAGCUGGGGAUGUCCAUGGGGUCUGGAGCAGCCUGGUCAGCCCCAGCCUGGGGCUGUCUGAUGUGGAGGAGGCCAAUGCUCAGCGCUACGUGGAUGACCUAUUGAGCUGCCAGCGCCAGGCUGGGCCCCGGGGGGCUACACUCCUGAGCUGGAACGACCUCCAGGCUUGCGUGAGCCGCACCAACACCGCAGUGCAGGAGGACAGCGAGAAGAUCCUCGCCGUGGAGCUCAUCAAUGAGGCGCUGUGGCAGGAUGACCCAGAGAAGACCCUCACAGCCCUGCUGCUGCCCUCAGCGGGGCUCUCCAGCGUGACACUCCCGGUUGCUAGACGUUAUCAUGAUGUCCUGACCAGUGCCCGGCGGCAGAAAGCCCAGGUGACACGGGAUGAGGACGCCACACUCUGGUGGGAAGAGAUCCAGCAUGGUGUGGCCAAAGCUAAUCGGGACACGGAGGCAACAAGGAGAAUGGCUCUUGGCAUUGCAGCCAUCAACCAGGCCAUCAAGGAGGGGAAGCCAGCCCAGACGGUGCGUGUGCUGCGCAACCCAGAUGUCGCCCUGUGCGGUGUCGUGCCCGACUGUGCUGGGGCCUACCAGGCGCAACUUGCUGCCCUCAUGGCGUGCCAGGGCCUGUCAGGAAACAUCAAGCACCCCUGGGUGCGGCAUCAGCUGAAGGACGGGACCGAGUACUACUUCAGCCUGCAGACGUUUGAGGGUACCUGGGAGCGGCCGCAGGGCUGCGUCCUGCACCCCACGCACCUCAGCCGGGACGAGAUCCAGUCCACAAUCGCCAGCGUGACCGUGGCCCAUGACCGGCAGCGCCUGUGGGAAGCCCAUGUGGGGCUCGUGGUGCGGCUGCAGGCCCGUCUGCGGGGGCUUCUUGUCCGCCGGGACUUCGCCGCCCGCCGGCAUUUGCUGCGGGAACAUCUCCCAGCAGCCAUCAGGAUCCAGGCCUGGUGGAGAGGUUCCCAGCAGCGCCGUGCCUACCUGCAAAGACUGAGAUACUUGCAAGCAAACACGUCUGCGGUGAUCAAGCUCCAGGCAUGCGUGAGGAUGUGGCAAGCUCGCAGGAGGUACCAAGAGAGGCUGCGCUACUUUAGGAAGAACAUUACUGCUGUAAUUAAAAUCCAGGCUUUUGUGCGAGCUAACAAGGCCCGUGGGGAUUACAGGGUGUUGGUCCGCGCCAGGGACCCGCCACUGGGCAUCGUGCGGCGCUUCGUGCACUUGCUGGAGCAGAGCCAGCACGACUUCUGGGAGGAGGCGGAGGGGCUGCGGCUGCGGGGGGACGUGGUGAGGCGCAUCCGCUCCAAUCAGCGCCUGGAGAGCGACCUUAACCUCAUGGACAUCAAGAUCGGGCUGCUGGUGCGGAACCGCAUCACGCUACAGGAGGUGGUCUCCCACUGCAAGAAGCUGACCAAGAAGAACAAGGAGCAGCUGUCAGACAUGAUGGCCCUGGACAAGCAGAAGGGGAUCAAGGCACUGAGCAAAGAGAAGCGCCAGAAGCUGGAGGCCUACCAGCACCUCUUCUACCUGCUGCAGACCCAGCCCGUAUACCUGGCCCGGCUGAUCUUCCAGAUGCCCCAGAACAAGUCCACGAAGUUCAUGGAGUCGGUGGUCUUCUCCCUGUACAACUAUGCCUCCAAUGCCCGCGAGGGCUACCUGCUCCUGCAGCUCUUCAGCACUGCCCUGCAAGAAGAGAUCCGGUCCAAGGUGGAUCACCCCCACGAGAUCCUGACGGGCAAUCCUACAGUGAUCCGGCUGGUGGUGAGCUUCUACCGCAACUCCCGCGGGCAGAACGCCCUACGCCAGAUUCUGGAGGGGCCCGUGCGAGAUGUCCUGCAGGACAAGGCUCUCAACAUCCGCACUGAUCCUGUGGACAUCUACAAGGCUUGGGUCAACCAGACAGAGUCCCAGAGUGGCCAGAGUAGCCAGCUCCCAUACAAUGUGAGCCCAGAGCAGGCCCUGAGCCACGCCGAGGUUCAGAGACGACUGGACAUCUCCAUCCACAACCUCCUGGCAGCCACGGACAAGUUCGUCUCCGCCAUCACCUCCUCCGUGGAUAAGAUCCCCUACGGGAUGCGCUACGUGGCCAAAGUCCUGAAGACGUUGUUGGCGGAGAAGUUCCCAGAGGCAACCGAGGAUGAGGUCUGCAAGAUCGUUGGACACCUGCUCUACUACCGCUUCAUGAACCCGGCUGUGGUGGCCCCCGAUGGCUUCGACAUCGUGGAUGUCUCGGCCGCCAUGGCUCUGCACCCCGACCACCGCCGCAACCUGGGCUCCAUCGCCAAAGUGCUGCAGCACGCCGUGGCCUACAAGCCUUUUGAGGGCGAGAGUGCCCACCUGAAUGGGGUGAACCGCUACCUGGAGGAGACGCACGACAAGUUCAGGAGAUUCAUCCACGCGGCCUGCUCAGUGCCCGAGCCAGAAGAGAGAUUCAACGUGGACGAGUACUCGGAGCUGGUGGCGGUCGCCAAGCCAGUCGUCUACAUCACCGUGGGCGAGCUCAUUGACACGCACCGGCUGUUACUAGAGCACCAGGACUCCAUUGCUCCCAGCCAGGGGGACCCCCUGCAUGAGCUGCUGGAGGAUCUGGAUGAGCUGCCUACCGUCCAGGCUCUUGUUGGUGAGAGCACCCCCAGCCCCGCAGACGGCAGUGCCGAGCAGACCCUCAGCAAGCUGGAGAUCUCCCUCACCCUCACCAGCAAGUUCGAUGUAGUGGAGGCCAGUGGCGAGGAGACCGAUGCCAAGAGCUUGCUAUUGAGCACCAAGCAGAUGCUGGUGGAUGUGAUUCAGUCCCAGCCUGGGGAUUCCCUCUUGGAGAUCUUGCAGACACCAGCAUCGGAAGAUCAGGAGGCCUCCCACCACCAGCUGAUGCAGAGGCGGGCCCCACACGAUGCCCAGACCCCGAACAAGCUGAAACGUAACCGCUCCCUGAUGGGCAACAGCCAGCUCUCAGUGGAGGAGAAGAAGCGGAAGAUCCUCCGUAACCUGCGGCACCUGGAGAGCCUGGGGGUGGUGGACUCGGCCAACCAGUACCAGGAGAUCGUCAACGAGCUGGCCAAGGACAUCCGCAACCAGCGGCGGUACCGGCAGCACCGCAGGGGGGAGCUGGACAAGCUGCGUCAGACCCUAGAGGCCCUCCAUGCCAAGAGCACCUUUUACGAGGAGCAGGUCGACUACUACAACCAGUACAUCCGGACGUGCCUGGGCAACCUGGCCACCAGCAGCAAGGUCAGCGGGAAGGGCAAGAAGGCACCGGCACUGCACUACACGGCUGCUCGGCUGCUGGAGAAGGGCGUGCUGCUGGAGAUUGAGGACCUCCCUAUCAGCCAGUUCCGCAACGUCAUCUUCGACAUCGUGCCCUGCGGGGAAGCCGGCAAGUUCCAGGUGAAGGCCAAGUUCAUGGGCAUUGACAUGGAGCAGUUCCAGCUCCACUACCAGGACCUGCUGCAGCUGCAGUACGAGGGCGUAGCCGUCCUGAAGAUGUUCGACAAAGCCAAAGUCAACGUCAACCUGCUUAUCUUCCUCCUCAACAAGAAGUUCUUCCAGAAGUAACUGCAGCUGGGGGCAGGGGGUGAGGGGAUGGAGGCAGCUGCCAUGGGGAGGGUUGUGGGGGGGAGAGGAACCUGCCAAAGACACUUUGGGGACUGAAUCCUGCUGCUGAACGGUCCUGUCAAGUGUUUGCUGUUUGACUCUUUCCUGUCUGGGUCUGGCAGGAUCAGGCUCUUCUACAGCAAGCAGCACCUUAGUGCCUUGUGGAUUGAAAACUACCUAGGGCAGAAUCAUCCCAGGACAAGGAUGGGCAGAAAGGGAAACCUAAAAGUAUCCCCCUAGUCAAGGGCUGGUGCAGACUAGAGCAGCCCUGGUCAGGAGCUAAAAGCUCUCUAGGAGCCAUGCAGUAGUGUUGGAAGCACUAGCAUACCAGCCUGCCUUGCUACGCCCCUGCCAGCUGGGUAUAAGGGUACGGCUGGGGGGGGUGCGUCUAUGCUAGCCUCUCUAGCAGCAAGGAAUUGGCCCCCGUUUGUGCUGCUGCUUCGGAUGGAUAGAAAUACCCGCAGCUGUGGAGCUGCCACCUGGUUCAAGGGGGUUUUAGAUCCAUUCCAGGUUGCCAGGACCAGUCUUGUCCCUUCUCAGCUGCUCCAACCUCCUUUCAGUCUCGCUUCAAUGCUGGACUUUGAGCAUGAGCUCCACAGGCACAGAUGCUUGCAAGCCCACCAUGCGCUCUGAAUGCACCCUGGCCUGCGUCUGCUGGCAGUAGCUGGGUCACGGACACGUGUGAUCACUACGUGUUAACUCACAUGGGAGAGUGUGUGUGUGUGUGUGUGUGUGUGUGUCAGAGGGAAUCCAUAGUCCCUGUGGCUUUGUAUUAUGUGUGUAACUGCUUUUCUCACUACUGUUUUUAGAGGUUUGACUCUAGUUCCUGGUCACUUCCAAAGUGGCUGUUUUUGUGGACACUAAAGGUUCGUGAGCCAUGGACCUGAGCUUUUACAUAAAUAAAGAAACUUAGUUAUAUAUUUCCCCCUAUUCUAUUAGAGAAACAAAAACCCAGUCCCCUUUUAUCCUAUAAGGGAAAAACUGGCACUGGAAGGAAAAACCAUUCCAGAAGAUGCUGUCCAGUAAACAAAGCGGCCUAUAGGCAGCCCUCUUCCAGGGGCCAUAAAUACACCGGUUUGCAGUACAAGGAAGCUGCAAUUAAUUUUAAGGGAGCUAAUUUGAGCUUUCACACUCUCCCAGGCAGUUACCAUGGAGCAAGAGGCAUAAAGUGAGCUAUUGCCAUGCUUAUUUUUUUG